AAAUUAUUAAAACGAUUGUUUUCAUUUUUAUAAAUUCAUUAUCCUAUUUAUAUAUUGUUACUUUCCUGUGAGAUCUAUGUAAACAACAAUUGUUAAUGUUUCGUAUUUAUUUAAUUAACUAGUUAAUUAAUCAAUUCUUUACCUCAUGUCAAUCAAAUCUUCUAACAGCGCUCCACACGAAUCUAGUAUAGAGGCGAAAAAAAAACAGGGAAACACACCUUACUCCCGUUUAUAUGAUAAUUUGCAUUCAAGCUUUACACAAAAAAAUUUAGAUAAACGUUAUAGAAGAAUUGACCACCUCAUAACAGAGCGUGUAGAUGAAGUAAGAAAAGAUGAACUGGAUAUAUCCAAAGAACAAAUUUUGCAAGAUUCUCAUAAAGCCUACUCAUAUUUUAUUGAAAAUAGUCAAAAUCGACACCGUUCUAUAUCUUCCCUAAAGCCAUUUUGUAAUUCGUUCAACUUGACAAGAAGCAGUAAUGUACCAGCAGUGUCUUCCUCGUCUUCAAGUAGUCAUUCUGAAAGAAAUAAAAAAUCUAUUACAAAAAAAGACAAUCCCGUUUGUCCAAAAUUUAAAUCAUUUUUUAAAAAGUGGAAAUCCCAAACAGUGAAGUUGAAUGCAAUUAAAGAAGAACAUUGUAAUCUUAUUGAGAAUAUAUUGCACUCUAUAUUUUUGCUUGAUAUUUGGAGAGUUAAUACUAAGAAAAUUCUUUUACUACAUGAAACCCAACCAUGUUCUUUAAGUAAACAACAUGAAAGUAACAAUCCAGAUGACCAAAACUCUUUUUAUCAUACUUUCUCUGAAGAUAACGAAAUCAACGAUUCGUCCAAAACAUCUUGUUAUACAAUUCCAAAAUUAAAAUUUUUAGGAAAACAAUUCGCAUCAUUUUUUUUUUUUAAAUUGCCCCUACAAAUUAUGCCCGAUGUAUCUUCUUCUAUAGAAAAUUCUAAUCCAAACUCAACUCAGCGUCUUUUUAAAAAAAAGAAAAAAAAUGUCAUUACAUAUAGUUCAAAUAUGUCUGAUUUCUUGCCAUCCCAAUCACCGUGUUUUCCUGAUUACAUAGCAUCUAUUAAGCGAUUCAAAACACUGUGUUUUUGUGAUUCUUUAAAACUUUCGGAUCCUUGCUGUUUACCUGAUUUUAAACAAGAUAGCAAAGAUCUUUUGCGUGACACAAUUCGAGUGAACGGGUGUUUAGUACCCGGUACAUAUGGAUAUAAAAACGUUUAUGAAAUGUUAACUAAAUUACUUCUACCCGACAAAUAUCAAAAGACAUAUGAUAAUUUCAUAUUACAUGGUACUGUUCAAGAACCUUGUGAUAGAGAUAUUUUAUCAAAUUCAAAUGACACCUCUCUUGAAAAUUUUCUUUGCGAAAUGUUUCAUCGAGCGGAGUUUUCAGCUUUAAUAUUAUUGCAUUUACUUAAUAGAACACUUGCAGGAGGACAUAGUUUUGAAAAAGUAUUAUCUACAUUCAAAAAUGAUUCCUACAGUUUUGUUGUACCAAACAGUUCAGAUGCGCGACCCCUAAAAUUAGUUAUUGGACAGCAAUCUGAUGUUACUGCAGCUAUCUUAGCUUCGCAAACAUCCUUUCGUGUGUAUAGUGUGACCUCCAAUGAUCAGGAUGAUGUUUCCUCUUGUUUAGCUGAAGUACAAGCCUAUUUCGUAACGGAUCUUAAUGUUUCUCAACUUCUUUCUCCACAAAAAACGGAUAUUUUAUGCUGUUUAACUGUUUUAGCGUCUAGUAAAAACGAAGAUAUGAAUUAUCAUUUAUCAUGCUCAUACAUACCGCCGCGUCUUGAAUCUUGGAUAAAUAGUCGAUUUGACUUUGUUAAACACAAGUAUACCGAACACAGUGACAACACAAAUUUCGUAAAUUACUUGAAAAAAAUGAUAGAUGACUUUAUUCCAUAUAGAAUUUAUAUUACAAAGAUAGAGUCCUAG